GUCUGUCCAUGUCCCUGCCAUUUUUGGUGGCGCUCUCGCAGAGGGCGUUUUGUCGGUGUUGGGGGCCGUCUUGAAUCGAAAAUACCAGCGUCUUUUCUCCUCCGACCUUUUUUUCAACGUGGACCCUAAAUCCAUAAAAUUCCUCUCUUAGAGAAAAACACUCAAAAGAGGUGGGAAGAGGAUAACUUCGCUGAGGGCAGAGCAGAACGGUUGCCAGCCUACUCGGACCUGAUCGGGUUCGUGCUGUUCACCGUCAACUCGUGGCUGGUGCCGAGUGGCCUGCCGCCCUGGUUCUGACGCCCCCCGGACGACUAGACCGGCCCACAGUUGACAGACCGUCCUCGACGAAGCUCGUUUUGCUUUCCCGUCGCUAACCCACUUAACCCCGGAUGAAGCAGAUCUCUCCGCAGCAGGCGGCCGAGGUCAUGGUGGUGGAUGUCCCCGCCAUGACCCCGGCCGUCUGCCAACAGAUCGUCUCGCAAAUCUCUCAGGAAACUGAAGAGGCAUUUUACCUGUUUGAUGUGGGCGACGUCAUUCUAAAAUAUAAUACCUGGCUGGAGAAGCUCCCGCGCGUGACUCCGUUCUACGCGGUGAAAUGCAACAAUCAUCCGGUGGUGCUGCAAGUUCUCAACGCCCUCGGCGCCGGGUUCGACUGCGCCUCUAAGGGCGAGAUCCAGGCCGUGCUCGAGAUGGAUGUGGCCGCCAACCGCAUCAUCUUCGCCAACCCGUGCAAGCAGGCGUCGCACGUGCGCUACGCGGCCGCGCGCGACGUCGACCUCAUGACCUUCGACAACGAGGCCGAACUGCACAAGGUCAAGGCCAUCAUGCCGGAGGCCCGCCUGGUGCUGCGCAUCCGCGUGGACGCCGAGCGGGCGCAGUGCAUGCUGGGCGACAAGUUCGGCGCGGCGCCGGCCGACGCCCCGAGCCUGCUCAAGCUGGCCGUGGCGCUCCACCUGGACGUGGUCGGCGUCAGCUUCCACGUCGGCUCCGGCUGCCGCGAGUUCGCCGUCUACGACCGGGCCAUCCGCGCGGCGCGCGUCGUCUUCGACCAGGCGGCCGAACUGGGCCUGGCGCUGACGCUGCUGGACCUGGGCGGCGGGUUCGCCGGCGACCGCGGCCAGACGCUGGACGAGGCGGCGCGCCACAUCGGCGGCGCGCUCGACGCCUGCUUCCCGGCCGGCUGCGGCGUGCGCGUCAUUGCCGAGCCCGGCCGCUACAUGGUGGCUUCGGCCUUCACGCUGGCCACGCAGGUGACGUCGGUGCGACGCCGGUCGGACGCCGUCGACUACUACGUCAACGACGGCGUGUACGGCGCCUUCAACUGCGUCCUGUACGACCACCAAGUGUGCCGUCCGCGCCCGCUGCAGGAUGACGCGCCGCCGUCAGGUCCGCCGGCCACGAUCUGGGGCCCCACCUGCGACUCAAUGGACCAACUCUGCGAGGGCCAGCUGCUGCCGCCGCUCCAGCCCGGCCACUGGCUCGUCUGGGACAACAUGGGUGCCUACACCCUGUCGGCCGCCGGCACAUUCAACGGCUUCCCGCGCGCCAGCGUCUGUUGCGUCAUCACGGCACCGCUCAGUGAGGCGGUCCGUGCGGCCGUCGGUCCGCUCUCGCCGAUGCCGGAGCCCGCCAUCCAGCCGACCCAGCUGCCGGCCGAGCAGUGUGUGGCCGAGAACUGAGUCCAGCGUGGCUCAGCGUACCCAGCGGUGGGCGGUGGCCUGUAAAUGCCCAGCCGCCAACAACCGGACAAUCUACGUUAUCACCACGCUCUUAGUAAUCUCGAUGUGCACGGGUGCUUCUGCUGAGCGGCGCGUUUAAAGGGCUCGCGACGGCGCCAUUCAAGCUUCAACCGAGGACCUCCGGUGACUGUGGGCCGGUCCACUGGUAUGCUACUCAUGAUUUACUCUGCGCUAUCGCCGCGUGUGGUCCGUGGAAUACACUGGACUGGGUA